UUGAAAAUGUAUUACGAAUUACUAGUAUUUACCUAUUUUGUUCCUCAUUCUUUUUAACGUUUUUAAAUUUAGAAUAAGACUCCUAAAUGGAAUUGAUUUUCAUUUCAGAAGUUGAGCCUGAGGGUUACCAGUGAGAGGAGAGUUCCUUGAGACCAGCCCAACUGCCUAGCAAGUAUAAGAAUAGAUUAGGCUUCAAGUUUUUGUUGAAAAUGCACAGCUUUACUGGAAAUGUGUGAGUCACUUCAGCAGUACUGUAACUAUGGAUCUUCAAAGUGUUUUGAAAGCUUUACCAGAUGAUCGACCAGUGACGAAUAUCUGUGUGGUGGAAGAUCCUACCAAAUGCCCACUAGGUUUUCAGGUGGUAUCUAGGACUUUUGACCAGGACACAGAUGCUGAUUUAUGGAAAGAUAGAAUGUUUGGGAAGCGAAUCACCAGAUACAUUUGUUUUUCAAAAGAUAAAAACAGUUCUGAUGAAGUGGUAGAGUCCAUCACUGUAGUUGGAGAAAGAGAAUUUCCACCAGAGUGCACUGUUCUGUUGUACACUAUUGAUACCCAGCAGAAAGCUACAAGAAAGAAAAAUCUGUGCUAUAAAUUAACGAAGAAAGAAAUGGUACACGAGUUAGUAACUGAUAUUAUUGUGCUGAGUAAAUUAAAGAAGCCUCCCUCUGGUUUUACCCUUGCAGGAGAAUUGAAUAGUUUGUUAAUCUGCUACAAAUGCAGGCCAGUUUCACCAACAAAGAUACCGGGAAUUAUAAGUCCACAACCAUAUGGCGUAUCUUGUAACAGUCAGCAGAUAAAUCCACAUUACUGGAGAGGAAAUAAUGAACAGUCUUUUGUUGAAGGACAACAAACAUUUUACAGGAGUACUAGUACUCAUGUUGCUGCUUUAGAUGGUAUUCCAUUCACUGUAAAUCCCAAAUAUACUGAUAUUAGCCACCUACUCCAGUAUACUAUCCCCGAGAUCACACUGAAGACAGAAGAUCAGUUACUGAUGCAGUAUAACUACAGUUUUCAAGUCGAAAAGCAAGCUCGGCAAAGCUUGUCAUCGAACUUUACGUGAUUCUUUUUUAAUGUUUAUGCCUGAGAACUUGGAUAUUGAAAUGAUGCCAACUUAAUUUAUAGUCAGUUGUGGGUAUACACUGUCAAAAAAAAAAGAUAAAAAUAUAUGUGUUAGUGUAAUUUUUGACAUGAUAACUUUAAUUUACAGAAUAUAUUAACAAAUAUAAAAAGAUAUACCUUAUAAUUUUUAACUUGUGUAGCAAAAUAAUAUUAAUAAUCAAAGGAAACAACCAUUCAUGUACAUUCUUAUACUGAUGUUGGUUGAUAGUUGAUACUCAUAAUUACAGCAUGGUAGGUGUAUUAACCAAAUGUAUGUGAUCAGUCCAUUCUACUGACCCUGUAUUGAAAAAGGAACAUUGACAAUAAUUCUGAAUUUACUAAAUGUGGCAAGCUUUUGGUCAAACAUACAAGUCUUAUAUACACAAAAAUCAGAUGUGUUACAAAGGUAUUUGUGCUUAGGAUAUGUCUGUGAAUUGCCAAUGUCAAGCUGACUUGGACUCUGACAAAUCAGAAUGUUAGGUGAUGUUCAUGUGAAGAAUACAAAUACUUUUAUUCAUCAAACGGUUUGUAUAUUGUAUUUACAUAACCUCUAGAACCUCCGAAAUACAUAUCUACAAUUUUUUUCAGUAUCCCUGUGCCUGAUAUUUACUGUUCUCUACUACAAACUGUCACUAUAUCAGCAGCGUAGGGUAAAAUGUAUAGAUGAUAACUCUGAUAUCAAACACAUAAUAUCUUAUUGAAUGGCACUCUGUAAAAUAUUGUGGCAUUUGCACUUUGACCCCCACCCUUGCAUAUAGGGUUAAGGAAGUUUGUGUUGCGAUUCGUAUACUGUUACGUGUCAAUUAACAAACAUUGAAACUUUUAUUGGUCGUAUGUAAUUGUAAGAUAAACUCAAAUUUUGAGUGUUGGAGUUCGGGUAUAAUUUCUCUAUGUAUUGUUUAAAAUUAUGUUCCCAUUCCCAUAUAUUUCAUCUUGUAAAUUUACCAUUAUGUGAUCAAUUUUAGUUAAUAUGGUCUAGGCAGGGUAGGAGCCGUCUUCAACUUAGACAGUUUUAUUUUUCCAACAGGUUCGUUGGCCUUUCAAAUGGGUUGCCUUCAAAUGUGGUGGAUGCAGUAAAUUUAAGGGAAGGCUUAGUAAAUAUUUGAAUGAUUAGGGCUAACUCUGAGUUUGUUUUUUAAGGUUAGUGAAUGGGAUGGCCAAGAUGGACCAAUGUUAUCCUUAAAUUUUAUGUUAUUUUGAAAACAAAAAAGGAAAAUAUACAUCUAUUCUGUAUUUCUGUAAACGACACUUGUUAACCAUUUUUAACCUCUAAUAUUGUCCUUGUAUUAAAGCAUUUUCCAAUUUUGAACACUGCUUUGUGAAGGCCUCGAAUUCAACUUUUUUGGAGAAGAAUAAUGUCUCAAGUUUUCUUCUCUCGUUUUAUAGAAAGUUGUAGAAACAAUUUUGUUUUCCAGGUAUUAAUGAUAGAAAAUGUGAUGUGUACCUUUGAAGAAGGAAUUAGGAACUAUGCAAGAUGUAAUGAAAUUGGUUAUAUAUUGGCAAGUUUGAAAAAAAACCAAAAUGCAGAUAUAACGAUUACAAAUUUAUUGUCUUCAAUUUAUUCCACUCAUGAGAUAAAUUAUGUUAAAAGAAAGUGAAAACUAGAAGCUGAAAGUUUUGUGAAGACAAAACAUUUCUUUGGUUCUGUCUUAGAAUGCCUUCUCUUUAUCAUUUCUUCACUUGGUUUAAGCUUUCUUUUUGCAGUUGUAGACCUUAUGUUUAGUAUAGAAAAACAUUUUAAGUAUUUGUGUGCUUCUGGUCUAUACUUCUUGGCCUUUAAUAUCCUGCUUGUUGUGGAAAGUGUGAGAUCUUAUCAUACCUCACUGUUGGAUCAACAUGUAAAAUUCAUCUUUCCUUGAGAGGCUGACCAACAACAUCAUCAUCUUCACUGUCUAAUGACAUGUGUAGUAUAUCUUUGCAUAGACUGCCUGCAAGGCCCAAAUGAACAUUUAGCAGUGGACAGCAUCCCUUCCCUUCUUCUCUAGAGAAUCCAGGCAUUGAUGAUAGAUGGGUCUAAGAAGUGUAAAGCCAAAUAAAAGUACCAAUGUCAUCCAUUGGUAAAAAGCCUGUAAAGUAAAAGAAGUAUCUUGGCUUUGCCAACCCUUCCCAUCAUCUUGUUGCAUAUGGUUGUACCUUAUGGUCUUAGAACUGUCACUCGUAUCUGUUACAUUCCUUGAUGGGUCCGAUAUCAUCAUAAUUGGGGUAACAAUUACUGCUUUAUUGUCAUAUCACUUCCAGAUUACAUGUAGCUGGAGACCAGUACAGCCUCCUCCUUGGUAGGCAAAUGAUGAUCUUGUAAACCCAUAAAUUUGUACAUUUAUCUUUGGCCGAAGAUUCAAUGAGGACCUCAUGAAGACUCCCAUGGUGUUUUUUUUUUUGGGGGAUGUACAGAUUGGUCUGGACAUGUUCUGAGAUAUCUUCUGUUAUAGAGAUGUACAUAAUUUGGCUUAUGCAUUAUUGGUACAUCUUCCUUUAGAGGUCUUAUAAGCCAAUCUUUUUUUCUUCCAUGUAUAUUAAGAGGGAUUUCCAGUUUUAUUACUUUUCACAGGUACUUUGCUUGUACCUGUUUGGUUCACCUCAGAUUUUAAUCCAAACUUAACUUUUUUUAAUCCUUAAAAAAGUAAGAUUGCUUACAGACACACAUUUAUUUUAUCAUAUCUUAUGGAAAUGUGGGUUGGCCCUGUGGUGGAGCUUUGGAUUUAGGAGCUGGCAAAUCAGGUUCAAACCCAUGUGAUACCAUGAAAUAUUUCCCACACUUUGUAAGAGAAAACAGAAAGUGAGAGUGGUAAGGUACUGCAAUAGUUCAAAAUUAGGGAUGACAGCCACGUAGCAACUUUAUCAUAAAAUACCAAAUACAAUGUUAUCAUAACUAAAAAUGGCUCAUGUAAAAAUCUGAGGUUAGUGAAGCUCCUGAAACUGUAUAGAUGUAGCUGUAGCUUAGUUAUUAAACUUCUUAAAUAGAUCAUCUAGUCAGUGUUUUCUGUCCAUCCAUGAUCUGCACAUGAAAACAUGAGACCAAUAUAAAGGUAUUUAUAUUGUACGUAUUUAGCUCUAACUUACAUGUUUAUUAAACAUCUUAAAAGAUUAUCUAGUCAUUGCUUCCUGUCUUUGUAAGUACGUGCAAAUCCUGGAUUUUUUUUAAAGCCGUUAGCAUAUAGCACAUAAUAAUCGCUAAUGUAUUCUUUUGUGAAAAAUGUGUUUGUGAUUAAACUAAAUGUAACAAUGUAUAAAAGUAGCCUUAUGAACUUUGAAAGAUUUGGUUCAAGAAAUGGUCUUUUACUGUCUAGAAUGGUUUACUUAUACUAAGUAUUUUAGUUAUGUUACUGUAAACUUUAUUGCAAGUUUUCAAUGUUUUUUCUGAUAUAUUAAAAAGAGGUUAUUGUGUUAUCUUCAUGAAUAUACUUGUACCAGUUUUUUUAGGUGGAAGAAGAUUUAAGAUUUUUCUUAAGUAUGAUUAUAGACAACAAUGACAGGAUUGUAUAUUUUCUCUUAACUUUACAUGCUGAUAGUUUCACUUAUUUUUGUAAGUUGUGUUUUCUUUAAGUGGGUCUUUCUGCAAACAGAGUAUAGUGUCUACAUGUUUAAUUAUUUGAUAGGAAUUUUGUCUGAAUGUUUAAUGCCGGUACAGUAACAUUUCUAAACCAACUAUAACAGUGUGAUCUAGACUAUUGUGACUGAUUUUUAAAUGUACUAUCAGUGAUACUGUAAUCUGUGUGUUAAAAUGUAAUAUUCUGUACAUCUUACAUGUUGUAUUCUUUACAUCUUGCAUGUAGUAUUCUGUAAAUCUUAUCUACAUGCAGUUGUUGUAAAUUGACAUUGAGCAUACAUUAAAUAAAGUUUUGUCAAAUA